AUGAGGAGCCAAGAGGAACCCGAGAGGAGCCGAGAGGAGGCAAAGAGGAACCGAGAGAAACCCGAGAGGAACCGAGAGGAGCCGAGAGGAGGCAAAGAGGAUCCAAGAGGAGCGGAGAGAAGCCGAGAGAAACCAAGAGUAUCCAAAAGGAGCCCGAGAGGAGACAAAAAGGAACUCAAGAGGAUCCAAGAGGAGCCCGAGAGGAGACAAAGAGGAGCCGAAAAAAAACGAGAGGAACCCAAGAAGAGCCGAGAGGAGCCGAGAGAAGCCGAGAGGAACCCAAGAGGAUCCAAUAAGAGCCGAGAGGAGCCCGAGAGGAGACAAAAAGGAGCCGAGAGGAACCUAAGAGGAGCCGAGAGGAACCCAAGAGGAGCCGAGAGGAACCCAAGAGGAGUCGGGCGCGGAGGGGCGCCGGCGUGGCAUCGUGUAACCAUAGCUGGGCGGCGGGCGGGCGACCGUGUACGCUUGUCUUAG